AUGUCGCGAUUGCGCCAUUCUUCCUCUUCAACUAGGCGAAUCGAUAAUGUGGAAAAUGAUUGGCUCGGUGGCCCAUCUUCUCCGAAACCCUCUUCCUACGUCGCUCCCCUUCGUGGGGAUGCCGAAUCUUCUUCACCUGCCUCCUCCGAUCCUUCUCCUGAUUCCAUGAUUUCUUCUAGAGAUCCAAACUCUCUCUUCAGCGGCGGCGGAAUUAGCUUUCUAGCGGGAAAUCAGCAUGUGAAGUUUACUUAUGGGUACUCUAGUCUCAAAGGUAAACGAGCAACAAUGGAGGAUUGCUUCGAAACUCGGAUAUCUGAUGUUGAUGGACAAAUGGUUGCUUUCUUCGGUGUCUUCGAUGGUCACGGUGGUGCAAGAACUGCAGAAUAUCUUAAAAACAAUCUUUUCAAGAGUUUAGUAACUCAUGAUGAGUUUAUCUCAGACACGAAGAAAGCUAUAGUGGAAGUGUUUAAGCAUACGGAUGAGGAGUAUCUUAUUGAAGAGAGAGGGCAGCCUAAGAACGCUGGCUCUACCGCAUCAACUGCAUUGCUUAUAGGUGAUAAGUUGAUUGUUGCUAAUGUCGGUGAUUCAAGAGUUGUAGCGUCUAGAAAUGGUUCAGCUGGUCCACUCUCUAAUGAUCAUAAACCUGAUAGACCCGAUGAGCGUCAAAGAAUUGAAGAUGCUGGUGGCUUCAUAAUCUGGGCUGGAACAUGGCGAGUUGGUGGAAUACUUGCGGUAUCUCGGGCAUUUGGGGAUAAGCAACUUAAGCCAUAUGUGAUUGCGGAACCAGAGAUCCAGGAGGAGGAUAUAAGCACGUUGGACUUUAUUGUUAUUGCUAGCGAUGGAUUGUGGAAUGUGUUGUCAAACAAGGAUGCCGUGGCAAUAGUACGGGACAUUUCAGACGCGGAAACAGCAUCAAGAAAGCUGGUUCAAGAAGCAUAUGCACGUGGUAGCUGCGACAAUAUCACUUGCAUUGUUGUUCGAUUCGAGGUUUCUUGAUAAAGAUCUUUAUUAAAGAACCAAUGUCAUAUACGGUUCUGCUGUGAAUGUAUUGUUGCAUCUCCUUCCGUGUGUUGGUUAUAAUUAUUAGACUACCCCCUAAUUUUUCAUACAAAACGAUUUUAUUUGCAAAGAUGAUAAUACAUUUUUCAUAUAAUUAUUUUCUCACCUGGUCUCAUGAUAUACAGGUUUACUUCUAAUUAGUCUUCAAGAUAUAAUUAAUAACACUAGUUAUGUCUCUGCCUCUUUAGUCUCACCAUCAUUAAUCUCUCCUUAGUCCUCCACUUUGGUAUCUUCUUCCUCUUUCAUCUUCUUGGCUUUUAGGAAUUCGAGGAGAUCUUUAAGCGCAAUAUCAGCGUUUUUAUUCGCCAUGAGCUGCUGAGUGACUUCGGCUGGAGUUACACUAACCUUAAGGACGAGCUUCUCAAUGGGAUCAUACAGGACAUGGUUAUAAAUCUUGAGGUACAAAGCCACAAGCUUCUUGAACACAAAGGGUGUGCAAUAGUCCAUGAGAAUGUGAACGUCCAUUCUUCCUGGCCUCAGCAAGGCCGGGUCGAGCUUCUCCUUGUGAUUGGUUGUGAAGAUUAUGAUUCUUUCUUCUCCGCAGCUCGACCAAAGCCCGUCUACAAAGUUCAACAGACCAGACAGAGAUAUCUGUCACCAGAAAGGAAGACUCGUUAAGGUUCAGAGAGACAGAGAGGUUAAUAAAAAACAGAGGAAUUUUUCAACUCAC